AUGGACGACCCCAGCAAUGCCACCACGCCCUGCGGCUUUCUCCUUCAAGGCUUCUUUGAGUUCCCGCACCUGAGGCCGUUGCUCUUCCUGCUGCUGCUGGCCGUGCACCUGGCCACCCUGAGCGGGAACCUGCUCAUCUUGGUGGCUGUGGCUUCGGUGCCCAGCAGCCGGCCACCCAUGUUGCUUUUCCUGUGCCAACUGUCAGCCAUCGAGCUGUGCUACACACUGGUGGUGGUACCCCGUUCCCUCGCUGACCUGACCAUGCCUGGCCACCACCGGGGCAGCCCCAUCUCUUUCCUGGGCUGCGCUGUUCAGAUGCAGAUGUUCGUGGCGCUGGGUGGGGCCGAGUGCUUCCUGCUGGCCGCCAUGGCCUAUGACCGCUACGUGGCCAUCUGCCACCCGUUACGCUACGCAUCCGUGGUGACCCCGGGUCUGUGCGCACGACUGGCCCUGGCCUGCUGCCUCGGGGGCCUGCUGGUGUCGGUGGGGCUCACGGUGGCUGUCUUCCACCUGCCUUUCUGCGGCUCUCGCCUGCUGGUGCACUUUUUCUGCGACAUCACGGCGCUGCUGCACCUGGCCUGCACGCGGAGCUACGCGGACGAGCUGCCCCUGCUGGGCGCCUGCCUGGUGCUGCUGCUGCUGCCCUCCGCGCUCAUCCUGGCCUCCUACGGAGCCAUCGCCGCCGCCCUGCGCCGCCUGCGGGGCUCGGGAGGCCGUCGGAAGGCCGCAUCCACCUGCGCCUCCCACCUGACGGUCACCUUCCUGCACUAUGGCUGUGCCACCUUCAUGUACGUGCGACCCAAGUCCAGCUAUUCGCCGCGGCUGGACCGCACGUUGGCGCUGGUGUACACGAACAUCACGCCCCUGCUCUACCCUCUCAUCUACAGCCUGCGCAACCGCGAGAUCACCGCGGCUAUCCACAGGGUGCUGGGGCGCGCGGGAGCCGGGUCGCUGUGA